AAAAAAAAAUUAAGUAUAGUUAAAACUAGUCAAACCAAUGGAUAAAAAACCCUACAUUUGAUGAAAAGAUAGUAGUUGUUCUGAGCCACCGCUGACGAGCCUGGUUUUCUUCCCAGUUUUUUGAACUAAGCUCAGUGCGAAAGAAAAGAUAUCUCUUUCCAAUUCAUUUUGCCCCUCAAGGGUUAACAAUGAAGGCGUUUGAAGUUGGUGGAACCACCCUUUGUCUUGCCCUUUUCAGCGAUGUUACUAAUUCUAAAGAACUAUUGGACUUAAUGCAGUCUGCAACAUUGGAGCCAGAAGUAGCAUUUCUGAAUGCAUCACUUAUCCCGGAUGUAUUUCCUGUUUUAGCAGCUGCACACAAGACACUUGUAGCUAAAUCACGGGAUUCACUGACUACACGGACCCCCCAUUCUGAGCUUGUUUACAACUUCUCAGGAUCUAAGCAUAUUUCAGAGUCUUUGAAAAGAUGUGGUAUCGCAGACAACACAAGCUACAUCCUGGCAGCACGCUUUGGUGCUUCAGCUGAUGAGAUGGUGGCCAUAGAAAAACUCAUAAAGGGCAAUGAGAUUGACCUGAAGGAAUUAGAACAAAGAAUAAACCAGGCUCAGAUUCAAAAGCAUUACAAGAUAUCUAAUCUGGAGCUGGAGAUAUCGUCACUUGCAGAUGCAAUAACCUGCAGAAUUGCUGCCAGAGACGCUUUAUAAGCAUUGCACGCCUAUUGCACUAUUCAUUUCAUCUUUUUAUGUGUAAACUAUUAUGUCAGGAUCUCGACAAUUACUUUCCCAACCUUGUGUGAGAUACCAUUCCAUAGAUUUAGAAACCUCCCUUCAUGCUGUUGUGAUUGUUUUUACCUUGGCUUGCUUGUUUUUUACGUCUUGAUAAAUUUUGCAAAAACUAAUCAUGGCUAAUCAGGCCUUCUAAAAGUAAAAUAUGGCUGGUUGACUGGUUUA